UUCACAGGUGCCGGCAUGCCUGCGGGUUCCAAAAGAGUGUCUAUACACCACCGGAAGUGAAGCGCGGGGCUCUCCGCAGAGAACGCCCUACUCUCCCGCCAGUCUCUCCUCAGCACACGGACUAGGGCUCCUGGGGAGGGGGUGGAAUGGGGAGGUGGGGCAUGCACCUCACUCCUUGGCCCCCUCUGACCGCGAGAGGGUUCUACGGACAACCUUACAGCGCCCAGAAACCUCAUACAGUCGUCUGGAGUCGGAAGCAAAGCGCACCGGACCACUUCCGCCCAUCUUCUUCCUACAUUGCCAGGAGCUUCGGGGCAGAGCGGAAGUGACACACCAAAAGAGUUUCUGCGACUCGUGAGUUGUGGAGGAGAGAAAAGCUCGUGGGGCUGUCUGUUCUUCACGCUGGAGGGUCUUAUGUACCCCAGGCUGGCCUUGAACUGACAGCAUAGCUGACACUGCCCUUGCACCUCGUCCUCUACUGGAUCACAGACAAGUGCCAGUUUCUGUGGUGCUGGGGACUAAACCCUUGUGCAUGGUAGGCAACCUUCUACCUGGUUUCUGUAUGCUGUCAUCUGCACACGUGGUCCCUACAAGUGUGCGACGUGCCCCGUCGUGGAUCUGCAGCCCUUCCCGUUCCUUCAUGGAUCUGAAGGCUCUUCUCUCUUCCUUGAAUGACUUUGCCUCCCUCUCAUUUGCUGAGAGCUGGGACAAUGUGGGGUUGCUGGUGGAGCCAAGCCCACCCCAUACUGUAAAUACACUCUUCCUGACCAAUGAUCUGACGGAGGAGGUCAUGGAGGAGGCUCUGCAAAAGAAGGCAGAUCUCAUUCUCUCCUACCAUCCACCUAUCUUCCGGCCCAUGAAGUACAUAACUUGGAAGACCUGGAAGGAACGCCUUGUGAUCCGGGCUCUGGAGAACAGAGUCGCCAUCUACUCUCCCCACACGGCCUAUGACGCCGCACCCCAGGGAGUCAACAGCUGGUUGGCCAAAGGGCUCGGAACUUGCACUACCAGGCCCAUCCACCCUUCCAAAGCUCCGAACUACCCCACAGAGGGAACUCACCGGCUAGAAUUCAGUGCAAACCACAGCCAAGACCUGGACAAAGUCAUGUCUGCCGUGAAAGGGGUUGGAGGUGUCUCUGUCACCUCUUUUCCUGCCAGGUGUGAUGGUGAGGAGCACACACGGGUCAGUCUGAAUUGUACUCAGAAGGCUUUGAUGCAGGUGCUAGCUUUUCUCUCCCAGGACAGACAACUUUAUCAGAAAACUGAAAUUCUUUCUUUGGAGAAGCCUUUGCUUCUGCAUACUGGAAUGGGACGCUUGUGCACACUGGAUGAGUCUGUCUCCCUGGCAACAAUGAUAGAACGAAUCAAAAGACACCUAAAGCUGCCUCAUCUUCGCUUAGCUCUUGGAGUGGGGAGGACCUUAGAGUCUCCAGUCAAAGUUGUGGCCCUGUGUGCUGGUUCUGGGGGCAGCGUUCUACAAGGAGUAGAGGCCGACCUUUACCUCACAGGUGAAAUGUCCCACCAUGAUGUUCUGGAUGCUGCUUCCAAAGGGAUAAAUGUCAUCCUUUGUGAACACAGCAACACUGAAAGAGGCUUCCUUUCUGAUCUUCAAGAAAUGCUGGGUGUUCACUUGGAGAAUAAGAUUAAUAUUAUCCUGUCUGAGACAGACAGGGACCCUCUCCGUGUGGUUUAGAAGGCAAGGACAUAAUGACAGAAGCCUGGACUGAACAGGACUGUGCAGGAGUUGGUACACCACCCUUCUGCAGAACUGUAAAGAACUUCUCAUUUCAGUUUGCUAAUCUGGCUCAACAAAUGUCAUAGCUCAGACGGUAAAACUGUAAAGAGUACAUUAAAGACAAAUCUUGGGGCUGGAGAGAUUGCUCAGUGGUUAAGAGCACUGACUGUCACCCGACUGCUCUUCCAGAGGUCCUGAGUUCAAUUCCCAGCAACCACAUGGUGGCUCACAGCCAUCUGUAAUGAGAUCUGAUGCCCUCUUCU